AUCCCCCACCCAUUUCUAUUUUCUUUCUCAUCAUCACGAGCCAGCCUCACGUUUACCACUCCCUCUCCACACCUUGUCGCUGGACGGCCCCCUCACUCGACGAGCUUUACGAGACGCUCAUAUACAAUCCUAGUAACCAUUAGCAUACACCCAUCGCACCUUCAAAAUGUCCCCCGCCGCCAACAUCAAGCCUUUCUUGCCCUCAUCUCGGCCUUCGGGUACUGUCUUCAUUGUUCUGAACGUUCUGCGAGCGCUCAGCAUGAUCGCCCUCAUACUUGUAUUCGCUUCCAACAUCACCACGAUGGUCUCCGAUAUCAAAGCCAUAAAGAACCCCGCCACUGACGACGACGACUGUGACUACAUCGAGUACUCGAGUGUACCCGACCAGACUGGAGGGGCUUUCUGGAGCAUUCUCAAUAGGAUUUUCAUCCUGUUCGAGUGCAUCCUUCUUGUCAUGUCCGAGAUCGGUUGGCCUCGUCGCUUGUUCGAGUACUACAUUCCUUCCCUCGGCCCUGCUUAUGGCCUUGGCUGCCUUGGUGUCUUUCAAGCUUUGAUCGGCGCUCAAGUGCUUUCGCACUACUGCGAUCUCUUCCCUCAGGUCUCUAGCUGGAUCCUCUUCAUCGUCGGGUGCCUCAACAUCCUUAUUGGCAUCUUCCUUCGUGAGAAGGCCAAGGAGAAGCGUCUCAUAUUCUCUUGGGAAAACGUCUCCUCCUUGACACCCCAAACUCGUAUGGCCGCCACCGCCUGGGACAUGGUCACUGAAAAGCGCAAGCCCUCCGCCAAAGACCCAGAAACCGACCUCGCCCGCCACAACACCACCGCCUCCGACACCCCUCUGCUCCCCAACCGAACAACGCCCGGCGCCAAAUUUGGCGGUUUCGGUUUCGGCAAGCAAGGGGAGAAGGCUGCGGCUGAGAGGGGAUGGAAGAUCAGUCGGCCAACAGACGCUCUGCCUCGUUAUGCGAUCUAGGUCGCUUUUCGAACGCCACAUAGGGACCCAAGGGGGUGGCUUGAUCCCGCAGCCGACAGUCCCUCUACCAGAGCUCUUCAACCGUUCGCUGGAAUCACUAAAAUCUAGACCAGGCCUCGUAAUAAUGGACCAUCUGUCUAUCUAAUAGCAACUCAUUGCCAUGCACUGUCUGUAGAUGUAUUUG